UGUAUCUGCACUUCACCAUCACUGGACGCGAUGCUCACCCGUCGCAUCCUCCUGCCCCUUCUCGCCGUCAUCUUGGUCCUUGGCACGAUCAGGAUCUGGAUCUCGGCUUCCGGCAGGCCAAAUCUGUAUCGAGUGGCCCAAUCUCUAGGACUCACGACCAGGCCGAUCAUGUCUGACUUCCAGAGACCUAGUGCGGAGGGUGACUCGUUGCCGGCUCGGCGGGAGGAGCUUACACUGAUGACAUUCAACAUUCGCUACGACAAUCCCCUUGCUCGACGCUACCCUGACCCGCCCGGUCCUGAUCGGACGCUCCCGCCUCCAAUAUACGGGGAAUGGUCAUGGGCUGCGAGGAGAUUUGCAGUCUCAGACAUCGCUUUAUUCCACAGUCCAGACAUCGUCGUCUUCCAAGAAGUGUUGCAUUCCCAACUGCUCGAUCUAGCGUACCUCCUCGGUGAGGACUAUGACUGGGUCGGAGUGGGGAGAGAUGAUGGCAAGCAAGCAGGGGAGGCUGUGCCCGUCUUCUACAAGAGGGACAAGUUCUCCCUGGCUUCAGAGCAGGAUGGAGGCGUGGGAACUGGCGGUGUCGAGCAUUUCUGGCUAAGCGAGACUCCAUCGGUCGUUGCAAGUGUAGGAUGGGAUGCUCAAUUGACGAGGAUGUGCACACACCUAGCAUUAAAGCUGCGUACCGACGCUGCCGUCUCGUCGAAUGCUCAUCCCUCUUUAAGAGCUCCUAUUCAUGUCUUCUCCACUCACUAUGACCACAAAGGUGUCGUCGCUCGAGCCAAGUCGUCUGACCUCAUCGUCGAGAAGGCUAAUGUGGCACGGCGGCACUCCCGAAGGACUACGGGCUUAGAACCCCUCGUUCUUUUGGCCGGAGAUUUGAACAGUCCCAGAGAGGAGCAGGGUUGGCAGAACCUGGUCAAGGGUCACCACGGUGUGCCAUCCCAAAGCUCCUUCCUAGGCAGUCCCUUCUCCUUCUAUGACCUACAGCUGGCCAAUCCUACUCGCUACGGGCUGCCCUAUCGAACAGACUACUCGGCUGGGGGCGGUAAGAAUAACACCAAGCUUAAGCGAGAGCAGUCACCUCAGACACGGCGUGGCAUCUUGUCUACGAAUUACGGACCGCCAUCGUCCUUCACUGACUGGACCGCGUCACGUGAUCGAUCGGCGGCAGAAGACCGCAUCGACUUCCUCAUGGUAGGAGACAACCAGCCCAUUACCUCUGACGGGUCAAGCAAUGAAGCGGGAUGGAAGAUCAAGACGGUGGGCAUUGUCAGUAGCUGGAGCGCCAUCGAGGGUGGCAUUAGGGCGAGUGACCAUCGCCCGGUGAUGGCCCGGCUGCGCUGGGAGGCUGGACAGGAAUGAGAUAGUCACUGUCACCGUUGAUCGUGUCUCCUCUACCUUCAUUCAUUCAUAUCUGGGGUAUCGAAGCUUGUUUCAAUUCUUUCCCGGUGUUGGUUUCGCCGUCACGCUUUAAUUGCAUCUAAGUUCACCGACG